UGCGGCAAAGGCCCGACGAAGACCGUCAACCUCCAUGUUCGUGAAUUUGCCGAAGAACCAAGCCAGCUUCAGCGUUUAGUAGUGAUUUUGCAUGUGUACCAAGCUCAUUAGCUAGACUGCUUCCAUAUAUUUACCUCUGCCGCGCGUAACAUACGUUGAUGAUGUUACACCAAAGUAGGGGCGCUGCCCCCGCCCACACUGGUACAUGUUCAACAACUGCGAAUCAGCUCCAGCCUCUAUUCAUUAUACCAUCUUGCUCGACCCGACGGGCGUCGGCGCACAGCCGGAGGAGUGCCGCGAGCCUUCUACGUGCGACGGGGCCUCAGCGGAGUACUAGAGGCCUGCGUGUGCUGGCCAUCGACGCUGCGCAACCGUUUGAUUUCGAGCACCGCAUGCGACAACGCAUAAAUGACGAAACCCGGCUUAAAGUUGGCAUUGUGGGCUUCGGCACGUUCGGGCAGUUCUUAGCGAAGCGUCUUGUCGCCAAAGGACACCAGGUGAUUGCGACCUCUCGGACGCCGUACGAGGAGAUCGCUCGCAAAAUUGGUGUGGAGUUCUACCAGGAUGUGGACGACUUCUGUGAGGAGCACCCAGAGGUGGUGCUCCUCGCCAGCUCCAUCCUGUCGACAGAGUCGGUGCUCCGGAACCUGCCAGUGCAGCGGCUAAAGCGAAACACGCUUUUCGUGGACGUGUUGUCCGUGAAGGUGUUCCCCAAGCAGCUGCUGCUGCGUGAGCUGCCGCCCGAGGUGGACAUCCUGUGCUCGCACCCCAUGUUCGGGCCGGACAGCGGCAAGGGCAGCUGGGCGGGGCUGAACUUCAUGUACGAGAAGGUGCGCAUCGGGGCGGACCCCAAGCGCGAGCGGAGAGUGGAGACGUUCCUCAAGUUCUUCCGUGAGGAGGGCUGCAACAUGGUGGAGAUGACGUGCGAGGAGCACGACCGACAGGCCGCCUCCACGCAAUUCAUCACGCACACGGUGGGCCGCAUUUUGGGCACCAUGCAGCUUCGCUCCACGGAAAUCAACACCAAGGGCUUCGACGCGCUUCUCAACCUGGUCAACAACACCACCAACGACUCCUUCGAGCUGUACUACGGCCUCUUCCUGUACAACCAGAAUGCCACGGAUGAGCUGGAGCGGUUAGAGAAGGCGUUUGAUACCGUUAAGAAGCAGCUGUUUGGACGGUUGCAUGACAUCGCACGGCAACAGCUGUUCCCAAUGGUUGAUGCGAGGAGCACAGGGGCAGGGAGCGGGAAUGGCAACGGCAUCGUUGUUCCGGCGUCGUCGCAGCCGGUGCUGCCGGCGCCACGGGAGCCGCUGGCCCUGCCGGCUGCAACCCAGCAGCAGCAGUACGCGUCUGGCAAGACGAUUGAUGUAUAGCCGGGUAAUGUUAAGCCAGUUGGUACCGCCGGCUAUACGCUUGGGAUAGGGGAUAGGGGACGCAUGAGUGCUUGCGUGCAUUGCUUCAUGCGGGGCAGGCCUUACACGGGAUGGUGGAACUGUACAUGUUGCAUGGUAUUUGGCGCGCGUUGAGUUCGGGUAACCCUAGGUAGUUUCAGCGCAAGAAUGCUAUAGUUGAAGCUGGUUAAGCUUGCAGGCUUAGCCACGCCGCCCUGGAGCCUCAUGCGACGGGCGCGUGGCUUGAAGUUGAUAGAUCCUAUAGGCUUUCUUUCUUGAGCGGAGGGACGCAUACCUUGCACCUUUCACGGCAGGGCCAUGCAUCCUGCGACCUGGUGUUGCAACACCUGCCCAAAGAAGGGUUGAUGGCAAGGUUGGGAGGUGGCGGAGGGGAUGCUGUGGACGUUAUUUUUCAGUAACGUUAUUUUUCAUGUCCAAACGGGAGCGUUGUUGAGGUGUGACAGCAUAAGUGUUACAAGCCUUCAAUUGAGGCAAAGCUUGUGUCCCGGGCGUAACAACGCUGGGUUUCUUUCCGUACGUGACCUGACGUACGUGCCCCAGCGUACGUGCCCCAGCGUAAGGGGGAUGAGUACUAUCACGUCCAUUAGGCAUACCUAUAAAGGUAACAGGUGUAACGAAACCUACGGUGUCG